AUGGAACACCAAGUAGAAGUUGAUUAUGUCAAGGUGUUUUUGAGCAACUCUGAUUUAUUCAAAAGAGAUGAUAGUGGGCUAGGUGAUGGAUGUGUGUCUUGUGACGAUAGUGCCCUUCUGUGCAAUUGUAAGGUUGGCCAAACAUGCAAGAUGACAAUCAGAACAUGUACCAACUGUGCUUAUUACAAAUGUAUCAGUGCUUCUAAAAAUGUCGGAGGAAUUGUCGGGGGGAUUAUUGGUGGUACAGUAUUCCUCGCACUAAUAGUAGCGUAUAUUGUUUGGAAUCACAAAAAACAAAAAAGAUCAAACCGUUUCUUGAAAUUGGAAGCCCAAGAUAAGGAACUUAUGGAAGUCAUUGAAGGCGGGGAAUAUAAAGAUAAUAAUGGCAUCAAGAUGGAUACUCUUGAUCGAAAGUUUAGAGACAAUAUGGAGACCCCACCACAGUUCAGCAAAAGCCCUGGUGAAAGCUAUUUUGGUGAUAAGAGCCCGAGAUUUUCCAGAAAAUCCGGGAGAAGAGCUUCCAAUUACAGAAAUUCCACCAACACAUUCACCAGUUUGGCCACUUCUGCGUUGUCCAGAGCCUCAAAUAUUAUUCCUAUUGCUUAUGUUCCAGGGGUGAAGGUGAGAAGCACCUCCACUUUGAUGAACAAUAGACUGAUUGUGGAUGAUGUUCAAUCGCUUGAUUCGAGAGUCAAUACCACUAUUGGUACUCCUUUGUCAACCACCACCGCAGUUAGAGCAGUGCCAAAAUUGGUCGAUGUCGGUAAGAAAGCAUCAGUGAAAAAGGAUGAUGUUAUUUAUGAAGAUGAAGAUGAAGAUUACGCCGAUGAUAGAACCGAUUCCGCCUCAUACACAUCUAGUGAAGGGUACCGCAAAAACAAUCCUAGCUUGAAGACCUUGACCAAGAGCGAAGAAUUGCGUAAAAAUAGAGCUUCAAUCCCAGGAUUGACCCAUAUCAUGGAAGAACAACAGGAUGAUAAUAGUGCAUUCAAUGAGUUGAUAUCUCUUGGAACUGACUCCGAAGAAGAAGAGGAAGUUAUCAAAGAGAUUACUCGUGGUAACACCCCUGUCUUGGUCAAAUAUAAUAAAUCUACAAAUAGACCUAGCUCAAGAAUAUUGGAGGUUGAAAACGAUAAGAAUCCAAUAAAUCCAUUUGAUGAUGAAUAUGAAUAUAAAAACUGA